AUGAACCAAGACGAAAUCGAUCGGAUCGAAAACAACUCAGAUGGUGGUAGUACUGAAGAGCCAAACUCCCACGCAGAACAAGAUGUUCCAAUGCAGAUCGAUGAACCCAUACCAGAAGAGGAGCAGCAGAGUACGCGCGUGAUGGAAAAUGAUUUCUUCCAAGACAACACCUGCAUUGAAGUGGCGCGCUGUUCGUGGGAUCGACCGGUGCGACAAAACUAUCUGCAGGGAUGCCAUUGGUCACCGGACGGAACAUGUGUGCUUACAACGGUUAAUAACGACGGAAUGCACAUUGUCGAGCUACCGAACGAUCUGUACAGUAGCAAUAUGGUCUCCGACGACCGGCCCGUUGAUCUGUUGACAUCCGCCGUUCACGUAAAGGAGGGUGGCCUCGUGUACGAUUGUGCCUGGUAUCCGGGAAUGAACAGUUUACAGCCGGAAACCUGCUGUUGGAUCGCAUCACGCCAGCACGAACCGAUACAACUAUGGGAUGCGUUUACAGGCAAUUUGCGUUGUUCCUACAAAGGUUACGAUCAGUACGAUGAGGUUGAGGCGGCCCUUUGCGUUGCGUUUGCGCCUCUUGACGGAGCCACAAUAUAUGGCGGGUAUAAAAAAUCGAUUAAAUCCUUUGACAGCAAGACACCUGGGCGGGAAUCAAGCAGCUGGCGAACGAAAUCCACCGCGUCCUGUUUGGCAAUCGCACCAUCUAUGCCGGACACCAUCAUGUUCGGCUCAUGGAACCGUAGCAUCACUGCACUGGACGUCCGGUCAGGAGACUGCUCACCCGUCGGCAACUAUAACCCGGAAAACAGUCAUACGGCAGGUGUUACAUGUAUUGUAUUCGCACCGAAUAAGGAACAAUUAUUCGCUAGUGGUGCACGGAAGGAUCCUAAAAUUCUAUUCUGGGAUAUACGGUAUCCAUCACAACCGGUGCGAACAUUGCAGCGAACGUGCACUACCAAUCAGCGCAUAUCUUUAGAUUUUUCUCCACUUGGACAAUGGCUGAUCAGUGGUGAUACUCGGGGAAUUCUACACGCCUGGAAUCUGCACGAGUUAGGUGAAAACGAACGGCCCAAGGAGCUAUUGUUUCCUCUCCACUGGGACUGCUUGAACGGAGUUUCGUUUCAUCCACACAUGCCUAUUAUGGCCACCGCCAGUGGUCAGCAUCAUUUCGCAUCUGCAGGAAAAGAUGUGGAAAAUGGUGAACCAGACGUCAGUGCAUCCGAAGAACCAACUUCGAAGGAAGUCAAAGUGGAAAAUUCCCUUACCCUUUGGUGGAUUGGUAAAGGGCAAUUUUCGGAUGAAUGA